AUGGGGAAAACUCAGAGCGACUCCCCUAGCGUCUUCAAGACUCCCAUCCCGCCCUACGUGAAGGCCAUAUCGGGCUCCUUCGGUGGGAUUGUCGAGGCAUCGUGCCUCCAGCCCAUUGAUGUCAUCAAGACGCGAAUGCAGCUGGAUCGCACCAGGGCCUACCGGGGAAUCAUCCACUGCGGUGCCACCGUGUCCCGCACGGAAGGCGUGAGGGCUCUGUGGAAGGGGUUGACCCCCUUCGCAACGCAUCUUACGCUGAAGUACGCGCUGCGCAUGGGAUCCAAUGCGGUGCUUCAGGGCGUGUUUAAGGACGCCAAGACCGGGAAAGUCAGUAAUCACGGCCGGUUCAUUUCCGGGUUUGGCGCCGGAGUGCUUGAAGCUCUUGUUAUUGUCACUCCUUUUGAGGUGGUGAAAAUCAGACUGCAGCAACAGAGAGGAUUGAGUCAUGAUCUUCUAAAGUACAAGGGUCCUGUACACUGUGCUCGUAGGAUCAUCAGUGAGGAAGGCAUUCGUGGGCUUUGGUCCGGGGCUUGUCCAACUGUUAUGCGCAAUGGGACAAACCAGGCGACCAUGUUUUCAGCCAAAAAUGCAUGUGAUAUUCUCCUGUGGAAGAAGCAUGAAGGAGACGGCAGAGUUCUGCUACCAUGGCAGUCUAUGAUUUCAGGUUUCAUCGCAGGAACAGCAGGUCCCAUUUGCAACAAUCCCUUUGAUGUUGUCAAGACAAGGCUCAUGGCUCAGGGCAGAGGAGAUGGCGAGUUGAAAUACAAAGGCCUUUUCCAUACCAUGAGAACAGUAUAUGUUGAGGAAGGGUUUCGUGCCUUGUGGAGAGGACUGUUGCCGCGGCUCAUGAGGAUACCGCCGGGGCAGGCCAUUAUGUGGGGAGUGGCUGACCAAGUAAUAGGUUUGUACGAGGGACAACAUCUUCAUGUUGCUGCCUUAUAG